AGCAGCAGAGGAGCAGAGGCUGGACUGAAGGUCAAUAGAGCAGCUAUUCAUCUCAAGAGCUGAGGCACAAACGAGCACACAAUGGUCGGUGAACAACGCUUUGUAAUCAGUGCCCGCAUUAUCGGAGACGUGCACAGGGACACACCAAAACUCAAGAUGUUCAUGAUAUCAGUGUCAUGGUCUGACGAGGCUGAAGUUAUCGUCUAUAGGUCCUUCAAGGAUUUCAAGAAAUUCCAUAGGCAGCUGAAAAACAGAUUCCCUCUCAUGAACCCUUUCAGGAAAAAUGACAGAGUGAUCCCCAAAUUUAGAGGGGAAAGCAGGAGGAGCAGCCUCCAGCAGAAAGGAACCAAGCGAUCCAUCCAGCGCAUGAAGUUCCUGGAGAGCUACUGCGACAAACUGUUGAAGUGCGACCAAACUGUGACUCAGAGCUCAGCGGUCACACAGUUCUUCAUGCCCAAAGACCAUGACCUGCAGCCAGACUUCACCAAGAACAGCAUCAUGAUCAUGCUGUCUGAUGAUCUGCCUGAUGGCUCAGGUGGAGGAGGGGGGGAUGUGACUCGCCAGCAUGUGGGCAGCGUCACUCACCCGUUUGUCACCCAAACUUACCGCUGCGUGGCUGCUUACGAGACAAAGGAUACCAAGAAUCGUCCAUUUAAGGUCGCUGUGGACGAGAAGCUGGAUGUCCUGAUCAAAGACCCUGCAGGUUGGUGGCUGGUGGAGAGCGAGGAUAAGGUUUUGGCUUGGUUUCCUGCUCCCUACCUGGAGUUGUGGGAAGGAGAGGACGAUGAUGACGCUGAAUUCCAGCUUGCAGGUGCCCUGUACUGUGCCGUGAGAAGUUAUUCGACUAAGAAGGAAGACGAGGUGUCUGUGCCCAUUGGCUCUAUAGUGGAGGUGCUGAGGAAGUCUGACAACGGCUGGUGGCUCAUAAGAUUCAAUGGCAAGUUAGGUUACAUCCCCUCCAUGAACCUGCAACCAUACAACAACCCACGAGCAGGCCUUUACAGCCUGCAGAGAAAGCUGCACAGCUCCACUCUGAACCUGGCAACCAGCAGGGAACCUCAGGCUUCUCGUCCAUCCAGCAUCAACAAAGAAAACAGCCCACAACAGGGUUCUGCAGGUCAGUCCAGAGGAGAACCCAGUGUGCCCGGGCGUCUCCACAAGGCCCGAUCUCUGGAUGUUCUUUCUGAGACCUGGUCGCAAACACAGAUGGAGAGGGACGCCUCAACUGCAGACGGCCGUGCACGCAGCAUAAGCAACACAAGCAACACAAGCGAAUCAAGCGACGCAAGCACCGAGAUCAGCUUCUCCUCAAGCAGCGAAUCGUCCCCAAGUUUAAGAGAGGAAGAGCAGCGCGAGAGCCACACAGGCAGUCCUGCAGCCUCACCCCAGCCUAGUAUCAGCCCCGAUCUCAUCCUCUCCGACCGCUGCGGCUCCAACACUAGCUCUGACAGCUCUGGAUCUGUCAGCUCCAAAGGCAGCGAGACGGCCUCAAUGGCUCCCAGGGUUCCACCCAGACCCAAAACUGAAGAGAUCCUGACCCGCUGCACUACCAUGACCCGCAAGGCAGCCCUGGCCACCAAGACCCGGCUUCAGAUUCAGCCAGAGUCCAUCCACAGCCGCUAGGGAAUCACAAGCCUUUAAUUCGUGUAAUGUAACAUAUUUAAACUGUUCAAUCCCACAGGGUUAGUCAAAUGUGUUUUGUGCAUCAGUGUUCGUAUCUCUAUUUUAAAUUCUUGUCACACCAAAGAUUGAAGAGAUAGCAACCCAGACAAUGCUGAAUACUAUAAGAUACCAUAAUAAUAAUAAUAAUAAUAAUAAUGUAGCUUCAGUGAAGCAUCAGAAGGAGCAGGUACAAGAAAAUGUAUGUGACAUUGUCAUACAGUUGUAAACAAAUAUUUUAUCUAGCUUUGAAGCCACUUAAGGGUAAAUUUAAGUGGGUACUUGGAGUUGAAGAGUUAAGUAUUUACACUGAACUGUAUAUUAUAUUUUAUGUAACAGCAUCAAAGAACACCUCAAUGGAAAGACAGAAAGACGGUGUGAAGGCUUUUUGAUUGACUGACAAAAGAAUCCAUUGAAAUGUGACGGGCGUGGUAAACAAGCUGUCAGCACUGUCUGCUGACAGCUUGUUGAAAGGAGUGCAAGUUUCUUGUGAGAACUUAUUUGAUUCUCAUUUAAUCAUUACCUUCCAUUUCUGUUUUGUUACUAACUGUAUGGAUAUUUAUAUUGUUGUCCCUUUAUGUACAGUACAGUAUGUGCUGCGUUAUAACCUGUUCACAAUGCAGCAUCAUAAUGUGUAAGUUUAACAUAAACAUGUCAAUAAAAUCUAAUUUAC